AUAAUGUACACAUUCCGAAUGAUAGCAUAUUGGUAUAAACAAUGGAGUGGAGAUAAUGCCACAUACUUCAAGUCUGAUAGAAUAACAAGCAAUUUCCCUGGAGGAUACACAUCUCAUUACUGGGGCAGUGAUGAUGAUAGCUACACUCAUCAGAUAUUCCAGGCUUCCUUGGCGUUCGCUAUCCUUGCAUGGAUAGUGGAUAUAGUCGCCAUUCUCUUGGUGGUAUUCAGUCUUGUUGGCCUGUUCUCUAAACUCCCCUGUUUGCCAAUGAAUAUCCUCACAAAGAUUAUGCCAAUCGUUGUAUUCGUUCUAUGCUUCAUUUCAAUGUUCAUCUUUGUUGGCUUGCCCAGCGCCAAGAAGAGAGACUGUGAGAAGCAGUUUGGAGAUGGCAACUGUAACGCUGGAGGAGACCUCAGCAAGUUGGUUGGUUCUAGAGAUGGUUUCCACUGGGGACCAAUUGAAGGUUGGGCAUGUGUUGUUGUCUCAACAGCGUUUGCUCUUGGUGCCACAGUUGUCUCCCUUGUGGCUGGCAACUUC